AUGAUGCGAGCCACACUUUUUAUACUCGGGCUCUUCAUCACUGCUUGUCACUGCGCUCUCUCAAUAAACAUUUCGUCGAGUGUCGUAGAGUGCCAGCCCAUUCAGAUCUCUUGGAGUGGAGGAAGCGGAGACACUUUCUUGACCAUCGUUUCGCAGAACACCUCUGGCGAUUCAGGAGGCCCGAACAAUGAUAACCUCGGUCAACAAACUUCGCCAUUUACGUGGAGUGUCAAUGUACCUGCUGGAAACGAGGUAACUAUCAGCAUCAGUGAUGAGACGGGGGCAGAGGCACAAACGAACGAGGUUGUCAAAAGCGGAUCGGAUGCUAGCUGUCUAGGAUCAGGAUCAGGAUCGAUAGGCGUUACUUCUGAGCCCGCGUCAUCUUCGAGCCUUUCAUCACAAUCGUCCUCAUCACUCGUUUCCUCAAAUAAUACAUUCACGACCAGCUCACCGCACACCACAAAUUCUGCGAAUGCACCAUCCGAUCAUUCCUCCCAACAUCACCCGACUCCAGCACAAAUAAUAGGAGGGGCAGUGGGAGGGGCCGUAGGAAUAGUCACUAUGCUCACCGCCGAUUCCGUCCUGACUUUAGUGCGUCACGGCUCGGCCGCAGAGGGCACGCAAGUUUCAGACAUUGCGACGAUGGGGAGUCAGACUCUUGUGAGCCAGCCGAACUCAGGACAGGAUACCCGUAUGGGAUCAACGCAGAGACGAGAGAAAGAGCCUUUCUUUCCAGACGCAGAACUUGUUCUGUCCGUGCCUGCGACCCCUACUCCCGAAUUAUCUACGGAACAAUCUCCGCGACAUCCAAAUCCUCAGAGCGAAAACAUCAAUUCACCGUUAUCACCAGAGUCACAGUCAACGUCUGUCAAUGAUGCACCAACCUCUGCCUCACCCUCACGCUCGGUCGACGAAGGAUUUGGCAGAGCAAUAUCGUCACAGAGCUAUGAUAUUGACCAUCUAGUACGGGAGGUGGGAAUGUUGAGGGCGCGGAUGGACGCGGCUGGGUUGGGGGUCCCAUUCGGGGGUACGAGUCCACCGACGUAUCAUUCUGACUUGAAUGAAGAGUGA